AUGGCUCAGUAUCUGGCCAGCAUCUUCGGAACCGAGCAGGACAAGGUGAACUGCUCGUUCUACUACAAGAUCGGCGCCUGCAGGCACGGCGACCGCUGCUCCCGGAAACACGUCAAGCCGUCGUACAGCCAGACGAUCCUGAUGCCGAACCUGUACCAGAACCCCGCCUUCGACCCCAAGAACCGCAUGAACGCGUCGCAGCUGCAGAACCACUUCGACGCCUUCUACGAGGACAUAUGGUGCGAGAUGUGCAAGUACGGCGAGCUCGAGGAGCUCGUCGUGUGCGACAACAACAACGACCACCUGAUCGGCAACGUCUACGCCCGCUUCAAGUACGAGGAGUCGGCCCAGAAGGCCUGCGACGACCUCAACUCGCGCUGGUAUGCCGCGCGACCCAUCUACUGCGAGCUGUCUCCCGUCACCGACUUCCGCGAGGCCUGCUGCCGGCUCAACAGCGGCGAGGGCUGCGUCCGCGGCGGCUUCUGCAAUUUCAUCCACCGCAAGAACCCCUCCGACGAACUGGACCGCGACCUCAUGCUCAGCACCAAGAAGUGGCUCAAGGAGAGCGGCGGCGCCAAGCGCAGCCCCACGAGGUCUCCCAGCCCGGAGCCCACCCGCAAGAGGUAUUAG